CCCCGCUCACCGCGCUCCUUUCUCGGCUUCACUCGGUUUCCUCGCCGUCCAGUUCUCGGAUGGACCCUGUUCCCCGCUGCAGGACGAGGACCUGAUGGUGUGGAUGAAGCAUGAAGCCGAACAGGAAGUGGUUGCUGCUCUUCCUGCUGGUCUGGCUCCUCCUCUUCCUGUCCCUGCUCCGUCACUUCCUGGACCUCAGAUCCUCCUCGCUGCCUCGGUCCAGAUCUGCCGCAGCAGCCGGACUCACCAGGACUGAAACCCGUCGACUAGCAUCUGUUCAGGGCCGUAUCCGGACCCUGAGACCUGCUGGAGCCUCAGAGUCAGACUGGAGGAGGAGGAGGAAUGACUUCAGGUCCAGGUAUGAGGCCUACUACAGGUCCAGGUCUCUGGAGAUCCUGCAGAGACUCUGGAGUGGGAACCUGACGGUGGGCAUGCUGAGUCCUCGUCUCCAAAAGGUCCUGAAGGUGCAGCUGAGCUCCAACAGGCACCAGGUGGUGCAGCGGCGGUCGAGGGGGAGGCGCAGGUCCGGUCUGCAGCUGUACUGUGAGCUGAAGAGGAGGACCAGGAUCCGGACUGUGGACGGGACCGAGGAGCCGUUCUCUGGUCUGGGCUGGGACCAGCUGGUGCCUUCACUGCCCUUGCAGGAGCUCUGGACAUCACAGUAUCAGAGCUGUGCCGUGGUGACGUCAGCUGGAGCCGUCCUGAACUCAUCACUGGGGAGGGAGAUCGAUUCCCAUGAUGCAGUUCUACGCUUCAACGCUGCUCCCACCAUGGGCUUCGAGAGAGACGUGGGGAGCAAGACCACCAUCCGCAUCAUCAACUCCCAGAUCGUAGCUCGGCCCCAGCACGAGUUCAGCAGCAGCUCGUUGUAUCAGGACGUCCCUCUGCUGGUCUGGGAUCCGGCUCAGUACUCUGCCAACCUGACCGAGUGGUUCCAGAAGCCGGACUUUGAUCUGUUCUCAGCGUACGCUGAGCGGCGCCGCCUCCGGCCCCAGCAGCCGUUUUACAUCCUCCACCCAGAGUUCAUCUGGAGUCUUUGGGACCUGAUCCAGGACAACACCGAGGACCAGAUCCAACCCAACCCACCCUCGUCAGGCUUCACAGGUAUCCUGUUGAUGAUGUCACUCUGUCGUGAGGUCAGCGUGUAUGAGUUCAUCCCGUCCGUACGUCGGACCGACCUGUGUCAUUAUUAUGAGCGUUACCAUGACGCUGCCUGUACGCUGGGAGCGUACCACCCUCUGAUGUACGAGAAGCUGCUGAUCCAGAGGAUCAACCAGGGCGACCAAGACCAGCUGAGGAGGAAGGGCAAGGUGACGCUGAAGGGCUUCAGGACGGUCCAGUGUGUGUCAUGACCGCGUUUUACACAGUUUGGGUCUGUAAAAGUCUCUUAUGCUGCGUUCAGUGACUAAUUGGAAAGUCUCUUAUGCUGCGUUCAGUGGCUGAUGGGAGAUUCAAACUCCUACGAUGAUAGUAACUCUGAUUAUUUUUCAGAUUAAUCAAUUCCAUUCACUUAAUCUGCAUAAAUGCUUUAUUUUGUAGGUAAAAAAUAAAUUUUAAAAAAUCAGAUUUUGGACCUCGUUUGAGAAACUAUUUUAUCAUGUUUACUUGGUUUAAAAACUUUUAAUCUUUAAAAUAUUUUUUUAAAUCCCUCAAAAUGUAAUAAGAUAAAUCAUUCUGAUAUACUUAUAAUUUUAUUUCAUUUGUCACGAUAAUUUUGUUUUUGUUUUCUCAUUCUUAUAUUUGUUUCUGUUCCUGUUUUUUUUCUCCUGUGAUUUUAACAUUUUUCAUGUUUAUUUAAUAUUAUUAUUAUUUUUUUAGAAUUCUUAUAACCCUUACCCUAACCCUUAUUUUAUUUUUUAUUUUUUUUUGUGUGUUAAAGUUUUGUUUUAAUUUUAUCUUUGGGGUCUCAUUUUUCUUAAAUUUCAUUUUUGUCAUUUAUAAUUUUUUUCAAAUCUUUUUUUUUUUCUCAUAAUUUCGUUUUUUUAAUUAUUAUUUGGGGUUUUAUUUUUGUUAUUUUUUUGUCAGUCAUAAUUAAGCUUUUUAUGUUUGUCUUAUCAUUUUUAAUUUCAUUUUUGUCUCUUAUAAUUUUGGCACUCUUAUAAUUUAGUUUUUUUGUCACUUAUAGUUUAGCUGUUUUAAAAUAUUUGUCUUACAAUGUAUUUACAGGCUUUGUAGAAUCUAGGGAUGGGUACCGAAUUCGGUACUUUUAUAGGUACCGACCGAAUUCCGUCGGUACUACCGAGUACCGAUUCAAGUAAAAUCAAACGGUACCAUGUUUCGGUACCUUAACGGCGUUACCUUUAAACUGAUCAUUGAUUUCAACCUGUUUUCAUUUAACGUCUUGAUUAACAAGCGCGCUGACGAUCGCACUAUUUUUUUAUUUACCUCCUCGUCUGGUCCUGUCUGCUCACCGCGGCCACUAGCCACUAGCUGCUGCCCUCUUCCAACC